CUCCGUCGAAAAUGUUGGAACCCGUUCUCCCGAGAGAGGGCUUAGACCGUUCGAGCAUGGAUUGUGCAUUGAGAGUUCUUGGAGGUGAUCGUGUCAAAAAUGGGGGCACGAGUUGCACGGUUGUUUAGGAAUUUUAAUUUAGAAAACCGAGUACAUCGUGAGAUUGGGAAGGCAAAACCUGAAGUGGCACCCCGACAUCUKACCCAUAUUGAUCCUGUUCAGAGUACAGAGGUUACUGAGAUCAAUGAUGCCAUCCACAAGAGAAACGACCCCCUCCUGGUCUUGCUGAAGUCUGUGUAUGUGGAAUCAAAGAAUCCUACCGAGGCUCCAAAGGAGAUGACUGAGGAGAACGUGGAGGAGCGCAGACCACUGAAGUUCAGCCUACCGGGGGACCCCUAUGGGAUUGUAGAGAUCACUGAUGUCCCCAAAGGCAAACUGUCUAUUGUUGAGGCCCUAAAAGCUCUGAACAAUCACAAGAAUGCUCCCCAAACAUGGACAUUGGACAAGGUUGCCCAGGAGUACUCUCUUGACUCGAGAGACACUAAAGCACUUCUAGAGCAUUUCAUCCCAUUCGAGGUGAAGAUCAUUCCUCCCAAGACGAAGGACGACGCAAAGCAGAUCAAAGAUACCUAGGACAAAUAUGCAGUAUACCUGGCCUUUUAAAGACAUCUAUCAGCCAAGUGAAUUAUUUAUGUAUGUUAAUGUACUAUAAGGUUGUCUGCCUUGCUUCAAGGUUCAGGAUAGGAAUAGAGAAUGUGUGGAAUUAUUUGUUUUUCUGUUACGAAACGAGGGAGACGCAUGAUUUUAAUCCCAGUACACUACUGUUACCGCUACUCCAAGGAAAGCUAGCUUCAUUGUGGGAAUGGUAAUCAGUGUUGUAAACGGCAAGGUCGUAACGCUACUCCAUAUGAUUGGUGUCAAUCGUCAGUAAAUCUCAAUACACAUUUUAAUAAUGACUAAAUCAACCAAUUAUAUAAUUGUAUGAAUGACGCGAUAUUGGUCUGCAAAUCCAUUCAUGCUACUUCGCUAAUUACUUUCCUAACAAGGCUUUCAUCCCUGUGUCACAACUGACAGUAAAUUGACUGUCACUUGCUAAUUUGGCAUCUUUCUACAAAUCGCAAUGUACUCUCUUCAAUUUUUCAUUUAUAUGAGCCAAUGUUAUGUAUUUUUGUAAUUCCUAUUAAGAGUGGAAAACAUUUUGA